CCUCGUCGGGUCAGUUGGCAACGCGCAGUCGGCAGUGCUGGACGUGUUGCGCCGUCUCGUCUCGGCAGGCCGUAGCGCGACGCCCCUUCACGUUGGGUCCGGCUUUUCCGCCCCGGUAGAGCCUGACAGCCCAACACCCAGCCUGAAUAAGCCCUAACCUCACCGCAACUUCACCUAAGGCCAUUCCCCGUGCCUGUAAAAAAGCCCAGGACGUUUUUAAAGGGCUUGGGGGGACCCUGAAAAGCCCGAACCCAUUACGAGGAGUGACCUGAGGCUUUAAAACGAUCAAGGACGUGUUUGUGGUGUGUUGGACGUUCUGAAUCCACUCCCAGGACUUCACGUGCAUCCUUAGGUCCUCAAGGGGUCACAGGACGGUUCAGUGUGGCCUGUAGGGCGUGUAGGACGUGUAGGACUCCCGCAGCGUGGCGUGACGGGGCUCGAACCUAUCCUUCAUGAUGUAACCUUGAGGCAAACGUUGAUUCUGCCGUGUGCUGACGCCUGAGCGCUCUCCAUCUCGCCCUCAGAGGCUGACGUCGCUGUUACUAUUGCUGUUGCUGUCUGUCCCCGUGUCUCUUAAACUGUCAGGAACAAGAGCACAGACAGACAGACACGUUACAGACAGAAAAAGCGUUGACGUUGAUAGACAGACAUCCAGACAGACAGAUUGACAGAUGUAUUACAGAGAAAAGAGAAAUUAGUGUACAGACUUCUCCAUAUAAAGACAUACGUAAACAGACUCACAGAUAGACGCUUUUACGCAGACAUUCACAGACAGACAGACAGAUAGACUUGUAGUAAUAGAGACUGAGACUUCAUACAUACAGACAGACAGGGAGAGAGGAAGACUAACUAACAGACAGACAGACAUAAGUUAACAGCCACAGACGAAGAUGACAAACACAUAUUCACAGAUAGUAAUUCUUAGAUAAGCUUGCAUACGUAUGUACUGAUAGACAGACAGACAGACAGACGCUGUGUUGUCUUGUCGCGUGAUAGAACAGACGGAAGCAAACAGAAAAAUAAACAGAAACAAACAGACAGACAGACGAAGACACCAGACGAAAUAGAAGAAGAAGAAGAAGAAGAAGAAAAAGGAGAAGAAGAAGAAGAAAAAGAAGGAGAAGAAGAAGAAGAAAAAGAAAGAGAAGAAGAAGAAGAAGAAGAAGAAGAAGGAUAUCUAGACAAAAACAGACAUAACCAAACACCCAAACAAACAAACACACACACACAGACAGAAAGUAAAACAGACAUAAAGACAAAUAAAGAGAGAGAAAAAGAGAGAGAGAAAGAGAGAAAAAAAGAGACAGAGAAAAAGAGAAAGAGAAGAGGAAAAGAGAAAAAAAACACUUUACCUCCACACGAGAUCGAGAGAUAGAGACAGAGAGAAGAAAAACAAAACAAAAAUAAACGAAGAAAAAAAAAACAGACCUCCAUUUCAAGACAGUUUAGAAGGUCGAGUGCGUGAAGAUUCUGUCCUUCAACUCCACGAAAUCAACACCGCUCAACACCACUUCCCCCCCACUCAACACCAUUCCCCCCCCGUUGGUGUUGUGGUGGUGAGCCCUGACGCACCCUAUCAAGCGUAACGCACCCACACACGCACGCACGAACACACCCUACGCCAUGAUGCUUGCCACGUAUUUUGACCAGUACCCGGCCCACCUGGCCGCCGCCGCCCGCCGCCAGGCCGCCGCCAGAGGGCUGUCGGAGGAUCAGGAGGAGGCGGGUCAUCUCCCCAGCAUGGAGGACGGCCCGGCGCCCCCCCCGCCACGGCCCGGCUCUGAGGCGGGACGCACCUACACUCUAACGGACGCCUCGGAAGGUGGAGAGGAGGACCCCACCGAGGAACACCACCGCCAACACCACCAACACCACCAACACCACCUGCUGCUGUCACCCCACCACGCGUUCUCGGGGAAGAACUCGGUGACAUCAGACAAGGAGGAGCGAGAAAGAAGUGGAACAGAAGACGAAGUGGAUGAAAAAGAAAUACAACAACAACAACACGGGGAGAACGGACUAGACAAACACAGAACAAACGGAAGAAGAGAAAUAGGAGGAGGAGGAAGAGGAGGAGGAGAGAAGGAGAAAAACGGAGGAGGAGGAGGCACGAAACGCUUUGAGAGAAUUGACACCAAGCAGCUCUCCACCUCACUCCACGAAGACCACCACCUCUCCUCCACCGCCUACAGCCUCCCCCACCCCUCCCCCUCCCCCCCCGCCCGUACCAACAGCUGCCCCAUCCACUCCCCCACCCACCACACGCCCGUGCACGCCCGCAACCACACGCCCACCCGCUUCUACGCUCGCACGCACGCCCGAUCCUCUUCUUCAGGGAGUAGCAGGUCCUCGGCGGCGGAUUCUCAGUUGCUUCAUUGUGGGAUCUGCACGCGAAGAUAUUCCAAUCCUAAGGUGCUGCCCUGCCUCCACACCUUCUGCGAGCGGUGCCUCAUCAGCUACACGCCGCCGGAGUCGCUGACGCUGACCUGCCCCGUGUGUCGCCAGCAAUCCAUUCUUCCUAAGGCCGGGGUUCCGGGGCUUCAGAGCAACACUUGGGUCAGGGGAGUCAUGGAGGCCAUAGAAGGGAGCGCCGCCCCUGCCCAGAACGCCCAUCCUCCUUCCUCCGGUGCCCCCCACUCCCUUCCCUCUGCCGCCGCCUGUCAACUCUGCCGCCACCGCCACCCCGCCGCCGCUCGCUGCCAUCAAUGCUCUGUGCUCCUGUGUGAUGACUGCGCCCACGCCCACGCACAGGACUCCGGCAGUGAGGGGCACAGUGUGGUCAGUCUUGGGGACAGCGAGGCGGAGUUAUCCCCCCCGCAAGCCAACGGCCACCACCACCACCACCCCGAUGACGACGACGAUGACUCUGUGUCCUCCGCCGCCACUACGCUCUACUGCCCCUCCCAUCAAGGCCAGACCCUUCGCUUCUACUGCCGAGACUGUGAGACGGCGGUGUGCAGCAGCUGUACCGACAUUGAGCACCGCACGCACAACACACUACACCUGGCGGACGCUGUGGAUGAGCACCGAGCCGCCAUGCACCAGCUGAUUGAGCGUGUCACCAUGCAGCUCCCAUGCAUGAAGGAGGCGAUCUGUGACGUGCAGGAGGUGGUUAGCAGCCUGCAAAGUCGGCGUGCAGCGGCUGAAGGGGAAGUACGUCGCUGCUUUGACACACUCCACCAACUCCUGGACCAGAGGCAGACCACACUCAUCAACGCACUCAACACCAUCGAGUCCGAGAAGCAGCAGACUCUAGGCAACCAGAUGGAGGAGCUUGAGUCGUGGGUGCGCGGGGUGGAGAGCGGAUGUGAGUUCGUGGAGAAGGCCCUGACGCACUGCCCCGCCAUGGAGGUUGUGCUGGUGAGGAAGCAGCUUGGGGAGAGACUCAUGGACUACGCCAACAUGAACGUUCCGCCAGCGCCCCGCGAGAACAGCCACAUUAAGUUUGUGGUUGGGAACAUUGACCCCCUUAAGACUGCCUUCCUGCACAUUGGCAGCAUCCAGAGCAACAGUGCCGUGCCCCACCAGACCUGUGCCACUGGCGAGGCGCUCAGGCAGGUGACAGUGGGGCGCAGCAGCAUCGUAACUGUCGUGACCCGCGACCACAAGGGGGAGAAAACGGCUGCUGGGGGAGCGGACGUCACCACCACUCUAUCCAGAACCAGCCUCUCGGUCCCCCGCCACGGCUCAUCCUCCCCCAGGGCCCCCUCAUCCACCUCGCCACGCUCCACCAGCAAGAGUCCAAGUGGGUCGCGCGAGGAGGUCGUUCCGCCGCAAGUCCUGGACCUUAAUAAUGGGACGUAUGAGGUGGCUUUCACGGUGCCGUCGGAGGGAGUGUACAGCCUGGAGGUGCAGCUGUAUGGGGUGCCGAUAGCCGGGAGUCCGUUCAGCGUCACGGCGACGACCCCGGUGGAGGAGGACAGUGGUAGCAGCCAGAGGUCGCUGCCGCCGCACACGCUGGCCAGGCAAACAUCGCACUCCACGCAGAUCACCUCUCGUGCCUCCCGAGCUUCGCGCCGCCCCAUGUCGCAUCGCUCGUCCUGCUCUCGGCGCACCAACCCCAUUGAGGACGACAUGCUGCUCAGGGUGGGCCGACGAGGGCGCAACAGAGGAGAGUUCGUCAAUCCCCAGGGCAUAGCGUACAGCCCCAUCAAGGACGGACGCAUCGCUGUGGCGGACUCCAACAACCAGUGCAUCCAGGUGUUCACGCUGGCAGGGGAAUGCAAGCUGAGGUUUGGUGUCCGUGGCCGCAGUAUUGGCCAGAUGCAGCGGCCGACAGGAGUGGCAGCGCUGCCCAAUGGGAACUAUGUUGUUGCCGACUAUGAGAACAAGUGGGUGUCAGUGUUUGAGCCCUCGGGGAAGUACAUCACCAGGCUGGGCCACGGCAAGCUGCUCGGUCCUAAGGGUGUGUGUGUGGACAACAACGGCCACAUCAUCGUGGUGGACAACAAGGCAUCGUGCGUGUGUGUCUUCCAGCAGUCCGGGAAGCUGCUCACCAAGUUCGGCAGCCGCGGGACGGACGACUUCCAGUUCGCUGGGCCGCACUUCGCAGCGGUGAACAGCAAGGGCCAUGUGGCCAUCACCGACUUCCACAACCACUGUGUUAAGGUUUUUGAUUCCUCAGGCGACUUUAUGUUCAGCUUUGGCUCCAGCGGCGAAGGCAAUGGCCAGUUCAAUGCCCCGACUGGCAUCGCUGUUGACGCGCAUGACAACAUUAUCGUGGCGGACUGGGGCAACUCCAGGAUACAGGUCUUCGAUGCCCAGGGGUCCUUCCUCUCCUACGUCAACACCCUCGCCGACCCCCUGUACGGACCCCAGGGCAUGACGCUGACCCCUGACGGACAGAUCUUCGUGGCCGACUCCGGCAACCACUGCUUCAAAGUCUACAAAUACCUACAGUAGUGAGUGAGGAGGGUCACCGCUGCCUUGCCCGCACACCCCACACACCUCAGACCCAGGGACCAUCUGCAGUCUGGAAGAGGGACCAUAGUCUUGUACUCUUGCCUACGUCGCUGCUGCCUCCUCUUCCUCUUUAUGUAACAAGAGGGCCAUGCUGCGGACUACUACUUUUACUGCCGUGCAUACUAAUUGUCGUGCGUCGCCUCUGUGGAGUGAGUAAGUGUGUGUAUGCUGUGAGGUUUGAGGGACAGGAAGGCUUGUUGUGUGAGGUGAUAGGAGUGUUCUUGUAUAGCAUUUCCUGGCCUCUGUGGAGUUAGUGAGCAUGUGAAUAGACAGUGUGUUGUGUGAGGUGCAGGGAAGGGUUGUUGUGUGAGGUGAUAGGAGUGUUCUUGACUUCUUGUAUAGCAUUUCCUGGCCUCGAUGGAGUGAGUGCGUGUUUGUGAAUUGAUGGUAUGCUGUGUGAGGUGCAGGGACAGGUUGUUGGCUGGUAGUGUGAGGUACUUGCUAGGGAUGUUUUCGUUUGUGUAGUACUUCCUUGCCUCUGUUAUAUGGAAUGGAAAGGGAAGUUCCGAGGGGUGAGAGGGAGGUACAGUGGCUCUCAUAUCUUGGCUCAUGUCUUUCCUCAUCUCUGUAUUGAAUGAGGGAAUAAAAAAGCAGAUUCUGAGAGGUAUGAGAAGAACUUAACUCUCCCAUCUCUGUUUAGAAUAAGGGAAUGGAAGGCAAACUCUGAGAGGUACGAAACUAGAGAAGUCCGAAGAUGCACUGGGAAAGCUUUCACGCCUCACUCGCCUCGCUCUCCUUGUUAGAACGUCACUUCUGAGAUCGCUGGGAGUACGGUGAUUCUCAGACGAGGCACCAUGCACAUCAUAAGCUUAUAGAUCUCACCUCGCCUCACAUCCGCAGCAGGAGUGAGUGGAUGGAUGGACGGCUCAUUUCAGGAGACGUUACCGCACCUUAAAAAAAGUUCCUGGAAUGCCAUACACUCCACAUGCCAUACUUCCGAGAUACGUAGAGAGAUUGGAUGGUUGUAUGGGCGUAUGGGCGUAUGUCGAAGAAGGUGAUCUGUGCGUGAAUGCCAUCGUUUGCGGAAGUCGAUCGAGUCUCGUUAGCUAACCCCAAACCGUGUGAUAUAUUUAGCCAGCGUCACCCACAUGUUAUUAUUACUUAAGCGAGGAGUGUCUUCAUAAGCCUCCGGUGUGCUAUCUGUUCCAUUUAGUCAAAGUGUUAAGGCUUGGCUGAGGAGCCGAGUUACGUUGAUGAUUUAUGCGAUAACUGAUGUGUGUGUGUGUGUGUGUGUGUGUGUGUGUGUGUGUGUGCAUUUAGUCAGAGUGUUAAGGCCUGUCUGGAGUUGAAGAUGUGUGCACUAACCAAUGUGUGUGUGUGUGUGUGUGUGUGUGUGUGUGUGAAGUAAUUAUCCAAAUACUAUAAUAGCCCUAUAUUUGUAUCGUACUAUAUCGAGAAGCCAUGAAGAUCUGCAUUUGAGAUCUAUAAGUAUAUAUAAAUCAACGCUACACUUGCGAUGUUUAAUAGUUUCGUUCUCUGUUCGUCUUUUUCUUUGCCGAGGAAGGAAGGAAGGAAGGAAGGAAGGAAGGAAAGAAUUAAGGAAGGAAGGAAGGAAAGAAGGAAAGGAAGGAAGGAAGGAAGGAAAGGAAAGAAUUAAGGAAGGAAGGAAGGGAAGAAGGAAAGGAAGAAGGAAAGGAAGGGAGGAAGGCAAGGAAAGGAAAGAAUGGAGUCAGAUAGAUAGGUGUUUUUUUUCCGUUUUCUUUGCACUGUUUUUGUAAUUCCUCCGAGUGAGAUGUGGAGUGGCCAUCGUGCUGCUCCAUUUGUUGUCUUGUGCAUUACUAGUGAUUAUAUAAACCUUUCUGUCACUUACACUGUGUUUGUUUGUGUGUGUGUGUGUGUGUGUGUGUGUGUGUGUGUGUGUGUGUGUGUGUGUGUGUGUGUGUGUUGCUGUAGACCAGACAGACACCUUCCUCCCCACAGCCCUCAGCACUCCCCUCCCCUUCCCUUCCCUUCCAUUCCAUUCCAUUCCCUUCCCUUCCCUUCCCUUCCCUUCCCUGCCAUUCCCUUCCUUACCAUUCCCUUCCUUAGUCUUCCCAAUCCUUCCCUUCCCUUCCCUUCCCUUCCUAACCCUUCCCUUACCCUUCCCAAAUAGCCAGUGAACAAAACCUGACUCCCUUCCCUUCCCUCCCCACCCCUUCCUCACCCUUUCCCAUCCCCUUCCUUUAUCCUCACCUCCAUCACCUCUCCCUCCUCAGCUCCCUGGGUGAAGAAACUGAAGUAUGCUGAUGAAAAAUGAUUAGAGAAGAGAUUAACUGAAGAGAGAGAUAGCCUUCAGACCUGCCCUCCUGGUUAAGUUGCUAUAGAAGGGAGAUCAGCUGAAGAGAGAGAUGUUAAAACCUGCACUGCUGAAAAAUUGUUAUACUAGAGAAGAGAUUUACUGAAGAGAGAGAUACAAACCUUGCUAUAGAGGAGAGACCAGCUGAAGAAAGGGAGAUACAGACCUGGACUCCUGCUUAAAGAAAUGCUAAAUAAGUAAGCUGCCGUGAUCCUAAGUUCUUUGAGGUGUAGCGCAGAGCUGAAUGGGAGAUCGCUGCACCAAUCACUGUUUCGACGUCCCCCCCACUUAGAAUCUCCGUAUCUUUCUUUUUUCUUUUCUUUUUGCUUAUUUUUUACAGUGAAGGAAGACGCUCAAGGGCAAAAAAAAAAAGCAAUAAUGAGGAAAAGAAAGCCUUUGAUGUUGCUCUGUUGACUUAUUAAACCCUGAAGUAGACUUAUUGAAUUCUGAAGAGCAAGCAGAAUGGAGAUUUUAAGUGAUAGGGGCAUUAAAACAGUUUGUGUGGGAUGUAUUGAAGGGACUGUAGAUUGAGUUGAAGUAUCUUGAUGGUAGUGACUUAGCCAUCCUACACUUAUUUGGGAUCAGAAAGUGCCUCCGUCAGCUACAUCUAGAGAGAGAGAGAGAGACAGACAGAGAUACAGAGACAGACAUACAGAGACAGACAGACAGAGAUGUUAAGAAUGCUGAACUAAACUGUUUUAAAGCCCUCAUCUAGAAUCUCUGUAUCUCAUUUUUACUCUCUAGGCGUAUUGAAUUCUAAAAAGUAAGCAGUGUGGAGAUUUCAAGGGAUGAGGUCGUUGAAACUGUAUGUGUGUGUGUGUGUGUGUGUGUGAGGGAUGUAUUGAAGGGACUGUAGAUUGAGUUGCAGUAGUAUUGGUGGUAAUGGUUUAACUUUCCUGCCCUCAUUAGUGGCCGGAAAGAGUCCCAAUCUGUUACUUCUGGACCUGCCUUUCCCUUCCCAUCCUAGUGCAUCCUAUGUGCCUCCUUCCCAUCCUAAUCCAUCCUAUUCACCUCCUUCCCUUCCAUUCUAAUCCUUUCCGGGAACAUCCAGUGUCAUCCCAUCAGCUUCCUUUCCUUCCCUUCCCAUCCUAAUCCAUCCUAUCAGCCUCCUUCCCUUCCCAUCCUAAUCCAUCCUAUCAGCCUCCUUCCCUUCCCAUCCUAAUCCAUCCUAUCAGCCUCCUUCCCUUCCCAUCCUAAUCCAUCCUAUCAGCCUCCUUCCCUUCCCAUCCUAAUCCAUCCUAUCAGCCUCCUUCCCUUCCCAUCCUAAUCCAUCCUAUCAGCC